AUGAGUCGCUACAGCUUCUACUUCUCUCAUUAUGUGUUUGGCUUCGGGAAGAUGUUGUUGAUGAUGUUGGUCAUUGUGGCACCUUUUGUGAACCUGUUCAAAGUAAGCAUUUUCAACAUUAAAAAAUUACCCCGCCCACAAUUUUUUUAAAAUAAUUUCAGUUCAAAAUUUUCCUCAUUCUCUUCGCAACUACCGUACCCUUCGUGGCAUGGUGUGUGGCUUUUGGCCUAUUGUGGGGUACGGUAUUCAAGAAGGUGAGCGUGGCAAUAACCGCUACUGUUCUGGUAAUGCUUGGAUUGACGGCACUUUCACUCACGUUCACUACUGACAUUUUCAAUAUGACAUUGAGCUGUUUUGCUUGUCUGAAUCCAAUUUCCGCUUUGGCUGUCAUCUUCAAUGAAAUUCACAUGUAUCAUCAGUACGGUAAGGAAGGAGUAGGAUUUAUUAAUUUCUUUGGGUAGGGCGAGCAAUACUCACAUUCGCCACUUCCAGACAUACCUCUACAUGCUACAGAACUUACUGUUGAGUUUUCCUAUCUUCACGCUUUGAUUAUGAUUACGGUAGAUACAGUAAUAACAAUCACAUUGACUUUGGUCGUGGAAACGCUGUUGGCUCGAGCCUCGGAUGCGUCGAUGAAUUGUAUCGCUGAAAUCAAACAGAAACUGGCACAGCGAGAGAGCGAGCAGAGCUCGAUGGAGUUGGAUCCAAACGACUUCGAGUCGGUCGAUAGUCAAGGUCAAGUUGAUGUUGAGGUAGGUGAAACUUGAACUCAAGUCGAUGUUGAGGUAGGUGAAGCUUGAACUCAAGUCGAUCUUGAGGUAAGCCAACUUGUCUUACUGUAAUUAUAAUGUUUGAGGUUGUGGCACUGAAGAAGCGAUGGGGCUACGGUGAUUACGCCGUAAAUGGCGCUAGUUUUCAAGCCUACCGUGGUGAUAUUACAGCCUUGUUGGGCCACAAUGAAGCUGGCAAAUCGACCACGUUUUCUUGUUUGACCGGAUUUACCACGCCCACUUCUGGCGAUAUUAACGUGGGUUUUUGAGCUCCAGUUUGGGUUUUAUAUCCAAUGUAGAUCUAGUAGAGUCGAGUAAGAUAGGAUAGGAUGGGAUAGGAUAGAGUAAUGUAGGAUAAGGUAUUGUAGGGCAUGGUAAUGCAGAUUAAAAUAAAGUAGGGCAAAUUAAAGUAGAGAAGAGUAGGCUUAUAUAUUACCAUUGUAAUUUCAGGUAUGUGGAAUGUCAGUUGAUUCGAAUUUGGCAGGUAUCGCAAAUCAUCGGCUAUUGUCCUCAAGCUAACCCACUGUUCAGUAAACUCACUUGUAUGGAUCAUAUGAGGCUGGCAGGGCGACUCAGAGGAUCAUACUGUGGUGAUGAAGAUUGUGAAGAGACCUUGAAGCAAGUUGGACUAGAGGAGGCUUCUCAUGUGGUAUGUUGUGAUAGUGUUUACCCUACCCUACCAUACUGUUCCCUGCCAUAACUAACUACACCUUACCCUAUUGUACCCUAUAUGCUAUUUCUAACGUUAACUCUUUCGUUUCAGCAAGCUGGCAAGUUGAGUGGUGAAAUGAAGCGAAAGUUGUGUGUAGCGAUGGCACUGGUCGGUAAGAGUCAAGUGGUACUGUUGGAUGAGCCCACAGCUGGAAUGGAUCCCACCGCCCGAAGGCAGAUCGGAGAGAUUCUGGAGAGAGCGAAGGCUGAUCGGUAAGGCUUAUAUUACAUCAUUUGUGUUACUGUAGUUUUUUUAUCAUUAGGAUAUUGUAUGGUAGCUUUUUUGCAGAAUUGUGAGAUACUGUACUUUGUUUUACUGGAUAACUUUGGGUUACUGUACUUUGUCUUACUGUAUAACGUUGGGUUUCUGUACUUUGUCUUACUGUAUUACUUUUGUUUACUGUACUUUAUCUCAGUGUAUAACGUUGGGUUACUGUACUUUGUCUUACUGUAUAACGUUGGGUUACUGUACUUUGUCUUACUGUAUAACGUUGGGUUACUCUACUUUGUCUUACUGUAUUACUUUGGGUUACUGUACUUUAUCUUACUGUAAGAUUAAAGUGAUUUUGUUACACUCUACCGUACCUAAUGUACCUUUCAGAACAAUUAUCAUCACAACACAUUACAUGGACGAAGCAGACCUACUGUCGGACCGUAUCUUGAUCAUGGUGAAGGGCAAGGUGAUAUGUGCUGGGACUUCCUCAAAUCUCGCUUUGGCACGGGCUUUCUCCUCACGAUCACACUGAAACCCAACGUGAACGCGGAGCACGGCACAGCACGAUGUCUCGAACUAAUACAAAGCACGAUAAGCGAAGCAAGGCUGAUCAGUCAUCCGGCUGCUCAAUUUACCGUAGCCCUACCGUACGACUCGAAACGGCAGUUCGCGCCCGUUUUUCGAGAAUUGGAAGCGAAACAGGCCGAGCUGGGCGUGGAUGCGUUCGGACUGGCCGUGAACACGUUGGAACAGGUGUUCAUCAACGUGGGCGAGAAGGCUGAGAAACGGCAGAGUCAAGAUGUUGUUGUGAAGAUUCAAAACGACGCCAAUUUGAUUAGGGAACAAGACGGUAGGGGUUUAUAUGUAGAGCAGGGUAUGGUAAAUGUAAGAUGAGGUUACUGAAGGGUCAGGUACUGCUAGGUAGAGUAAAAUGAAGCAGGAUGAAGGGAAGGAUGGAACAGGGUAAGUUAGAUUAGAGUAUGGAAUGUUAAUAUGUAUAAGAUAAGAGUACUGUAAAAGUAGGUACUGUAAGAUUAUGUAUUGUACGGUAGAAUUAUUAUAAAUAGAGCAAAGUUAAACGUGGUAGGGUAGGGUAGGGAGGGUAGGGUAGGGUAGGGUAAGGUAGGGUAGGGUAGGGUAGGGUAGGGUAGGGUAGGGUAGGGAAUGAUAUAUCAACCUUUACGUCUUUUUUUUUUGUUUUAGAUGCCAGAGAACCAUCAUUUGUCAAAAAGUUGAUAGCAUUGAUGCUACGAAACUACAUAUACAUGUACCGUAGUUGGAUCACUACAUUACUUCCGUUUUUCGUGGCUACGAUGUUUUUGAUUCUGCUCUACCUCAACAUGAAUGAGUCUGGUUCUGCUUGGAAGAUAGGCAAUAGUAAGUAUACUACCCUACCCUGCCUUGUCCUAUUUUAUCCAACCCUACUUUUCUUUGCUCUUAUGUUUACUAAUCUGCCGUACCUUAUCUUACGGAAUCCUUAACCCUACUUCAUCCUAUGGUGCCUUUACUGUAAUUCAUACCAUACCGCACGGUACGGUAUGGAAUGUUAUGUAGGAUGCGUAUGGUAUAGUAGAGUAGGGUAAAAAAUUCAGAAGUAGGGUCGGGUAAGACUACACAGGUCAGAGGUAGACUUUGAUAAAGCUAAAGAGGUAGGAUUGGGUAGAGCUAAAAGAGUCAAAGGGGUGAGGCGGGGUAGAUAUAAAGCUGGUUAGUUCACUUGUUAUUCGCUUUGUAAACUUAAUUUACGAAUGCCCUGUAAUUACCCCACCUCAAAUUCCUUAUUUCAGAGCAAGUGUUGUUAUCGAGCAUUCCCAAAUCCACUGUGAUGUUCAGUCCAAGCCUUGCUAAUCAAAUCCAGCAGCUUUUCAAAAACCAGCACCAGUUAGAGUUCGUGCAGCUGAAGUACGAGGAUUACAUCAAGGGCUAUGCUCAUAGUCAAUUCGAUUAUCCGCCAAAGGCUUUUGGCUUUUUCGAACGGAACGGCACGCUCUGGACGAGUCUGUUCCUCUCGCAGAAUUUAAUGGUCGCUAUGAACGUCUACUACAAUAUGUUGUUUGGAGAUGGAUCAAUGGGUAAGGCGACUGAUGGCUUGUUAGUGAUAAGGAGAGGGUGAAAAUAGUACUGUAGGGUUAGGGUACUGUAAGAAGAAAGGACUGUAAGAUGAGGGUACUGUAGCAAUCUUGUAGUAGCUGGCUUUCUUUACAUGACCUUUGGGGUUUGUUCGGUGGGUAAAGCGACUGAUGGUAGUGAUAAGGGGAGGGUGAGGGUACUGUAAGAUGAGAGUAAAUAAAGUAGUAAGCAUGUAGUAGCUGGCUUUCUUUAUAUGUUGUUUGGAAAUGUUACAAAAAUUUUAACCGAUGACAUUAUGAACAAUCAGCUCGUUUCAGACCACAUUCAAGUCAGUGUUGAUGGAUCGGGUAGCCGCGAGAAGAAUGAUAAUAUACUAAUAGAUCUGUUCAGAGGUAUCACCUCGUCUAUUGGAAUCUCAUUCGGAAUGGGAGCCAUGUUGUACUUUGUCAUCGACGAAAGGGUUAAAAAACUCAAACAUCAGGUAAGUCGGUAAGGGGAGGGGGGAUUAUUUAAAAUUUUUUUUGAAGUUUAUGGGAUGGAGAGGGGGGGGGGGGGGGUUGUGAGGUGGAGUAAAAAUUUUUUAGAAGUGUUGGACCAGUUGAAUUUUUAGUCAAUAGUGAAUAGGGCAUAAAAAAAAUUUUUGGGUGGAGUGGAUCAUUAAAAAUUUUUUGGAAGGGGUGGAUCAUUUAAAAUUUUUUGAGAGGUGUGGAUCAUUAAAAAAUUUUUAGGAGGGGUCGAUUAUUUAAAAUUUUUUGGAAGGGGUGGAUUAUUUAACAUUUUUGGGUGGGGUGGAUUAUUUAAAAUUUUUUGGAAAGGGUGGAUAUUCAAUAUUUUUAGGAGGAGGUACAUUAUUUUAAAACUUCUGGAGGGGGUGGAUCAUCCCCUCAUCACCUCUACCAGCUUUUCUUUCUAUUUGUUCCACUAAAACCAUGCCAUUUCAGAUCCACCUAGCCUCGGCCAACUCUUUAGUCUACUGGUUGGCCCAACUAGUAACCGAAUUCACCUACUUUAUCGCGAUAGCCGCGUUCGUCUUCGCUGGCACGUUGUGGAUAGCAGACCCCUUCACGUACUGUGCUUUGAGUCUGCUACCGUACUACCUACUGUACUUUUUGGCCGCCACAUUCUCGAGUUAUUUGCUGAGUUUUGCGUACGAAUCGCCGUCCAAGGGUUCGCUGAUCAUACUCGCGUUUCACACCAUCAUACCCGUGGUACUGUACUGCGGGGUUACGGUGCUCAUUCUGAAGAUUAUUGUCUACGGUUUUCGCAAAAUAUCUAAAACAACCUCGAUUAAAGUCGACUACUAUAACGUAAGUUUGUUUUUUGUGGUACGCUAGCGGUACGGUAGGGUAGGGUAGGGUACGGUAGGGUACGGUAGGUUAGAGUAGGGUAGGGUAGGGUAGGGUAGGGUAGAAUAAAUUGAGUUAAUAUACUGUAAGAUAUUUUAAAGCAUGGUAGAGUACUUUUCUUACAUCUUCAGGGUUUAUUUACCUUAUUCUUCCCUUCGGUCGGUCUAUUUCACGCACAGUGCACUAUGUUCGAAUCGUGUUUUAAAGCUGAUGAAGAUGCGUUGGGUGUUCUUUUGUUCAAAGAAGAGAGAAGGGCCAACAUUACUACAGUAUCUUUACUGUUGAGUACUGUACUAUACCUGACAUUGUUUAUCUUGGCCGAAUAUGGAAAAUUACCUAAACUUAGGUGUAAAAAACUUAAUUUAGAUGUAAGUUCUUCAAAAAAAUUUUAAAUUUUUAAAAAAUUUUUGUUUUACGGUAGUGUCUUUAAGAAGAUCUACUGUAAUUAAUAAAUAUGCAAAAGUUUAGGUAAUGGAAGAUGAAGAUGCUGAUGUUAAAGAAGAACGUGUCCGAAUGGAAGGAAUCCCAGAUGAAGAACUGGCUUUGGCAGUGAGAAGUUUGUCCAAGUCUUACGGUAACAAAUGGGCGGUUCAGCAGCUGAGCUUUGGAAUGGGUCCCAACGAGUGUUUUGGGCUUUUAGGUAACAUUUUAAAUUUAAAAAUCUUUACCCUACCCUCCUUUACCCUACCCUACCCUACCCUACCCUACCCUACCCUACCCGACCCGACCCGACCCGACCCGACCCGACCCGACCCGACCCGACCCGACCCGAGCCGACCCGACCCGACCCGACCCGACCCUACCCUACCCUACCCUACCCUACCCCACCCUACCCUACCUUACCCUACCCUACCCUACACUACCCUACCCUACUCUACCCUACCUUACUCUUAUAUCAUACCGUACUUAACACUCUUCAGUACUCAUGUGACAACUCAAACAUACUGUAACUCUACUUUACAGUACUUUUAUUUUGAUUUUAUAGUUUGUCCUACCCGACUCUACCCUUACCUGUGCCCCUACAACCACUUCUAAUUUGUCUCUACUUAGACCCUAUCUCUCCCUCCCCCCCCUUGGACUUGUAACUUACAACUUAUGCUAACCAAACCUUUACCUUUCACAACACUUCAUUUAAAACACUUAAUUUUAGGUACGAACGGAGCAGGUAAAACCACAACCUUUGAUAUAUUGACCAACCAGAUCGGACCAACCGCCGGCUCAGCCACCAUCUUCGGUCAGACCAUCGAAUCCACCCCGCCCGUCGGCUACUGCCCUCAUUUCGACACUUUGGCCGACGAAUUGACCGGUCGAGAGACCCUGACCCUGUUGGGCCGUACUCGACUGUGUACUACUUGCGGAGCCAGCGGACCGUUGCACAAGAACCUACAGUGGUGGCCAGAAGCGGCGUCUCUCUAUCGCCGUGUGCCUGAUGUCAGGCUCUAGAUUCCUGCUACUGGACGAGUCGACGGCGGGCGUGGAUCCGGCUACACGACGCCACAUCUGGGACCUUAUUGGUGCCAUUCGUGAGCAGCAGAAGGCGAUAUUACUCACGACGCACUCGAUGGAAGAGUGUGAAGCCUUGUGUACCAGAAUCGGCUUCUUACGCGACGGUCGUCUUCGGGGUUGGUACUAGUCAGCAUCUGAAGAGUCGGUACAGCAACUCUUACCUCCUCACCGUGAUCCUCAAGAAUCCGUCGCGAGAAGAGGCAGAGUACGUCAACUAUGCCAUUGCCAAGGCUUUUGAUGUAGCGCCGAUAGGGGAGGUGGAUCAAAGAACGAUGAGAUUUGACAUACCCAAGAGGCAGGACGUCACUUGGAGUGCUAUGUACGAGUAUGUGGAGAGACUGGUCAUCGCUGUGAAUUCACAAGGAACGGUGAGGAGGGAUGGGGAAGGUACGGUUGACAAGAACGGUGAAGGAAUAGCUGAAGGAUCAAAAGGAACGGUGGAACGGCACGGUGAAGGAUCAGUGAAUAAUGAAGGGAAAGGAACGAUGGAGAAGCACAGUGGAGGAACGAUGGAGAAGCACAGUGGAGGAACAGUGGAUGUUAAAGAAACGGCCGAUUCAGAACGUUCAAACCGGUCGAAAGACCCUGUACCUACAAGAACCAAAUCACAGUCAGCGUCACAGCCAAAAGAAGGUAUAAUAUGUGACUUCUACUUGGUACAAGACUCUCUGGAACAAGUGUUUACUCGCCUAGCUGCCGCUGAAUGA